AUGAGACUUUCCAAUUUAUCUAGGAGGUGUGUAUUAACGUCAGUUAACGUUUCGGGCUUGUGUAGGCCAUUUUUCAGAAUAGUGUCUAUAUCUCCAGAAGCAACCUGUGUGUGUAUCAAGCGCAACAUUUCUCAUAAAAGCUUUAAUGAUGGAAUUCGCACGACUCCUUUCGAAUCCCCUAAGGUCAAUGUUAAUCAUAGUUCAUCCUCUUUACCGCAACAUGCGGCGGUAGAAAAGGACUCGAGCUACCUUGGUGUGGUGCGCAUAUCAUCCAAGAAUAUAUCUCAGGAAAUGGAAACUAAAGUGCCUUUCUUUCUAUACUUCAUGGUUGAAAACCAUACUGAAGUUAAGACCUUCACCAAACUACUGUGUAACCAGGUGGACCAGACGAAUCGCCGACUAAAAGACUCGAACAUGGGUGAGUGUUACCAAGAGUUUGGGAAGGAUAUGGGGUUAGCGAUAAAGUUGGGAAUGGUGAACUGCUUAGAGGAGCCCGGUCUGAUGCAAAAGUUUGGAGUAGAUCCGCACAUGUUUCCUCUCAUUUACUUUGUCUUCAGAAAAAUGCACUGCGACAAGCUUGCAGGUAUAGUUCCCGAAGCGCAGGUAAAAGAGGCGAUUGAGGCGUUUAUAGACUACGCCAAGGAGGAAGCAAAAAACGAAAAGGAGGGAAAAUCAAUCUAUCAAAAAGUACAACGAACGGACAAUGAUGAUGAGAAUGCUAUGACGCUACUUGGUUCUGCGAUUAAAUGCUUACAAAAAAAGGAACUCCAAAAGGCCACAGAGCUAUACACAAAAUCAAUGGAAAUAUCCAUGAAAGAAAUAGAAAUUGUAAAUAAAAAGUAUGGUGUUGGGCGGAAAAAAAUGACAGCUGAAAUGUGGGCUAGCUUGAAACGUGAGGCGUGUUACAACAGCGCACCUCAAGCUAUGUGUGGGUUGGCGAUGAUUUAUGCGGCUCAAAAUGAAACAGAAAAGGCGUUAAAGAUGGUUGAACGUGUGCGCGAAGAGUUUCCUUUUGCCGUACAGGAUCUGCGCACCGUCUCCGAGGCUGUGGUGCGCGUGGAGAUCUUACACCUGUCAGGCUACGACAUGAAGAAGGAUAGUUAUCUGAGUCUUCUCAAGUACGACGAGCUCAUUGAUAGCCCUGUAACGUUUUACAAGAAUCGUGUUAAGCUUGUUGUGGCAUACGUCCUCGACGGCUACAACGCGCAGGCUAUCGAGGAAUGCUUGAGGAUAAUCCGCUCUGAGCGGAAGCUGCUACCCGCGCUGAAGGAAGGCGGGUUCUUCCCAAGGGACUUCGCUUUAGGACCCAAGGCAGAGACCCCUGCUCGUAAAAUCAUACUGAAGAUCUUCGAAUCUUUAGGAAGCACGAAUGAGCAUGUCAUAAAAGGGCGAAAACUCCUGCAACUUUAUCUCUAAUGUUGCUGUUUUGGACUUGAUUGCACCUUUUUUUAUUGAAAUGCACUUCAGGUUGCUUUUGUU